GGUGUACCGGGUUGUGGCGGAUUAUGGAAUGAACAUUCGCCAUGGGCGUGCUCUCCCGGCAUUUGGAUGAGUGGCUGAGCUUUCUGGAUGCUGUGAAGCGAGGCAAGGGCAUUUGCUCCCAGGACUUGCAGGACAGCGCCUUUGAAGGUGAUCUGAGUCGCUUUGCCAGAAGGAGGUCCCAGGCGGCGUCCUUUCUGGCAGCUAACCCCCACGAAAAGCAGGAAGAGCCGAGCCUGGGCGACAGCAACACGAGCGGCCACGUGGGCAGCGGCGCGUAUGGCUUCGGCGGCCCCCCGGGGGACGUCUACCAACAGCAGAGCUACCGGAAUGGGACCGGCUGGAACGGUGGCCAGGGAAGCUGGCAAGGCGGAGGCUCUGGCGGCAAAGGCUUCGGCGGCAAGGGCUUCGGCAGCAAAGGCUUCGGCGGAAAAGGCUACGGCCCUGGCUACGGCGGCGCUGGGUUUGGGGCAGGUCCCGGAUUCGGCGCCUUGGGUGCCGGCGCUGGCGCGGGGGCAGGCGCGCUUGGCGCAGCAGGCUUGGCGGGCGCCGCCGCCGCCGGCGCCGGCGCUGGCAGCAGCAAGGUAGUCAAGGCGGUGCCGCCGGGGUGCAAGAAGGGGGGUUGCCCCAACCCGCCGCCGCCGGGCAUGACCUGCGAGCCGUGCGGGGAGGUGAACAAGAAGGUGGGGCGAGGGCCCUUCUCACGUUACGGCCAGCAAGCUGCCAUGCGACGGGCCGCGCGCCAGCGGGGCCUGAUGCGGUCGGCUGCCCGGAUGGGCCUCGCCGCUGGUGCCGGCUACGGCGCGGCCAGUUACGCUGGCGGUAUGGGCGCGGGCAGAGGCUAUGGCAGAGGCUACGGCGGAGGCUACGGAGCUGGUGGAGCUGGCGGAGCUGGCGGAUACGGGGCUGGCGGAUAUGGUGCUGGAGGCGACCCCUUUGCUCCUGGCAACUACCCUGGCCCAUACGGCUGUGAUGGCCAAAUGUUUCGUAGCCUGGAAGUCUGUGAUGGCUGGUGAUUUGAGCUCAAAAAGGC